ACAUCACAGGGCGAGCGCAGGGACAACAACAACCACGACCAGAUCCAUCCAUACAUAUCCAUCUCUAAAUUUGCGAGUGACCUCAACGAGUUGGUUGUUUUUGAACGCGACAUCUGCAUUAGUUGACCCGCCUCUAUGCAGGCUGAUGGUCAUCAUUGCUUGUUGUUGCUAUCACUUGAAGAUUUCGAAUCACCCGUCACGGCCACGCUACAUUAACCACGUAACCUGUGAACUUCCAACGAUUUUCAUCCACGUGCUGACGAUAGCACGAUUCCUUCGGCAGAAUCGCCCAUCCAUUGUCAUAUCUCCCUUCCUCUCUCAUACAUACACACACACGCGGGCGCGGGCGCACACGCACACACAAGAGCAUCCACCCGUUUCGAAGCAGCAUUAUAUGCGCCCACGCACAUGUCACGCGCUACCACGCUCCCUCCGAAACUUAUUCCAGGAUACACCAUCUUCUUUAGUCUCUCCACUAUUUACUCGCCGCGUCGGUCUCACCCGAGCUCUGUGGAACUAUAAACGCUGCUUGAGCGCUCUCUUGCGGAAGGCACUGAAGUCGUCCUCGGCCGGAGUCUUACACAGACACAAAUCCGCAUCGGCUACUGCUAUCCUGAUUGUUCACACUCCUUCCCGGCGGCGCGAUUUCACUUGCCAACACCGAUCCUCCAGACAUUCCUGCCACCUCCAGAGCAUUUGAACUUCAUGUCUUGCUGAGCCGGAGCCUUUGCCCAUAACCGUUCAAAAGCGUUCCGGAAGAAAGAAAUAGGCAGACACUAUUCACUCUACAUGCAGGAAAUUUCACGACGGUGCUGAAUCCGUCAUCCCAAGUACCCCCAACACACCCACACCAACGAUACAUUCACAAACAUGUAAGCAGUAUU